UCUCUAGCGGUCUCUCUGAGCCACCCUGUACUCUCUGUAGCUGUAAGCUCUACUGUUGCUUUAGUCCUCCCCAUACGCAUCGCCAUUUACACUCGCUCAGUCCCACUACUACACUUCACGCACUCGCAACAAAUACGUCCCAACAACGCCCCCCUCUCUCUUUCUCCUGCAGAAUUCAGGGUCCGUGGGAAGAGAGAGAGCCGGAGGGGAGGGCAGGGGACAGAAGUUGCAGGUGUCAUCACAGUUCGCAACCCAGAGAGAGAGAGAGAGAGAGCGAGAGAGCGAGAGAGAGAGAGAUGGGUUAGAGAAGGAGGGUGGUGCGACUGGCGAGGCGUCGAGAUUCGAGCCCGGGAUGGGGAAAGAGGAGGGAGGGAGAUCUUCGGGGCGGAUCAGACUGAUUUAAAGCAAAGGCGGCGAGAAUUUAUGAUUUCACUUCAUCCGAUUGAGACCUCUCUCUCUCUCUCUCUCUCUAUGACGCCAUAGCUCCUCACCCACUUUUCUCGGUUCUCUCUAGCGAAUUUGCCCUUUGGUUUGUUUCCUUUCCCAUUCUCUCGCCCAAAGGGGUAUUUCUUUUCCCCCAUAUUUCUAUUCCAUCAUUGCUCGCUGUGCAUGUACGAACUACUCCCCCCCUCCUCUCUAUCUAAACCAUUGAUGUCUUGAGAAACUUUGGCUCAACCGCCUUUCUUGGCUUGUCCUUCACUCUUCGCUUCCGCUCCCCAACUUCUUUCCUUCUUCGCUCUGAAAAAAAGAUAAGGCAGUUUCUUGCUCUGCGCGUUCGUUCUUCCUCAUAGCAUUUUCAUUUUCCAAUAUCUUCUUUCUGGCGACUUGACUUCCUUCUCUCGCAUUCUCUACUUGGAAUGGCGUCCACCAGAGGAUCAUGAAGGUCUCGAGUCUGGUGGGACUGUCUCUGUAACGGGUUAGCUUGUUCAAUUUCCGGCAGGAAAAAGGGUUGCUCUGUUCUUGUGCCGAAGAUUACAAAAAAUGAAGUUCAUGAAGUUGGGAUCGAAGCCAGAUGCGUUCCUAGCUGAUGGAAAAACUAUCAGGUAUAUAUCCGCAGAACUGGCGACGGACAUUGUCAUAAGUGUUGGUGAGGUUAAGUUCUACCUCCAUAAGUUCCCUCUCUUGUCCAAGAGCUAUCGCAUGCAGAAGUUAGUGCUGAAGGCUAAAGAGGAGAAUUCUGAAGAAAUUAAUUUGGCUGAUUUUCCUGGAGGACCAAAAGCUUUUGAGAUUUGUGCAAAAUUCUGUUAUGGGAUGACGGUUACUCUUAAUGCUUACAACGUCGUGGCUGCUCGUUGUGCAGCCGAAUACCUUGAGAUGACAGAGGAUGUUGAUAGGGGUAACUUGAUUUUCAAAAUCGAGGUAUUCCUCAAUUCCAGUAUCUUUCGGAGCUGGAAAGAUUCCAUCAUUGUUCUACAGACCACAAGGUCUCUACUUCCAUGGUCCGACGACCUCAAGAUAGUUGGGAGAUGUGUAGAUUCUAUUGCGUCAAGGACAUCAAUUGAUCCUGCAAAUGUCGAUUGGUCAUACACACACAAUCGCAAAUUAGCUUCGGCAGAUAGAGUUCUUGAGGAGGGGAUUAAGUUUCAGGAGAGAAUGGAAUCUGUACCCAAAGAUUGGUGGAUUGAAGAUCUAUGUGAGCUGGAUAUUGAUCUAUUCAAGCGAGUCAUCGUCGCUGUGAAGUCGAAAGGACGGAUGGAUGCUAAUGUCAUUGGAGAGGCUCUCAGAACUUAUGCCGUCAGAUGGUUGCCGGAUUCUGUUGAUGCUUUGGUUUCAGAUGCCAACCAAUGCAGAAACAAAUCUCUUCUGGAAAAUCUCAUUGCUUUGUUGCCAUCUGAUGUUAAUUCUGGUUCUUGUAGUUUCUUGCUAAAACUACUAAAAGUGGCUACCUUGGUGGGAUCAGAUGGUUCAGCAAGGGAACAGUUGGUGGAAAGAGUUGGUCUGAAGUUGCAUGAGGCAUCGGUGAUAGAUUUGUUAAUUCCAUCUCAGGCUCCAAAAAGCAUGAAAUAUGAUGUAGAAUUGGUGAAGUGCCUUCUGAAGCAGUAUCUAUUGCAUGGAAAUUAUGGCAGGGAUCGCGGCAUCAAGAAUAACGAAGUUGGAAAUGGCAUCAUCCUUUUGGAGCUUGAUUCUUUGUUAAAUGUUGGUAAACUGAUAGACGGUUAUCUCGUGGAAAUAGCACAUGAUCCUAAUCUGCCGCUAUUGAGUUUCAUCGAGUUAUCACAGUCAAUUCCGGAUUCAGGGAGACCGAUCCACGAUACCUUGUACAGAGCAAUUGACGCAUAUCUGAAGGAACAUCCGAGCUUGACAAAAUCUGAAAGAAAAAGGAUAUGUGGGUUGAUGGAUAUCAAGAAACUGACCAUGGAGGCAUCCAUCGAUGCCGCGCAAAACGAACGCCUCCCGCUUCGGGUUGUCGUCCAAGUUCUUUAUUUCGAGCAGGUCAGAGGGGCUCAAGCCCUCGGCAACACUGCGCGAGACACUUCGUGCUCUACGACGACAAACACCGAUGAGGAAUCUGAGAAGAUGACUGUGGAGAGCUGCAGGAAGCUCGAGAAACAGAUAGGUCGCAUCAAGAUCGAGGAUGGAGAAUCGAAGAAGAGUGGGAAGCUGGCCAAGAAAUCUAGCAGCAGGAACAGCCGAAGCGGGGGCCAGUUGCUUCCCUCGAGAUCGAGGAGGAUAUUUGAUAAACUUUGGUCAGUUGGCAAGGGGCACAGACAGCAGAAGAGCUCCGAGACGUCUGGGAGUUCUCAGAGCCCGACGUCUUUGGUUCCUGUAGAUACCAAAUCUUCCGGAUCGUCCACGAGACACAGGCGGUAUUCUAUAUCCUAGGAGAAAUUCUUACCUGUUCAAUGCAGAAAAUUUUAGGCUGUUCCUAAGUGUAAAAAGUGGUAGAAACUCAGUAGGUGUCGGUUUCAUUUGCCUUGUUGGUUGGGUUAGUGAAGUGUUCAGGGAAAGGUGCUGGUGCAGAAAGAUUGGGUUCGGUGGUAUGGAUGCUUUCACUUUGUGAGACUUACUGCUGCUUUAACUUUGGGAAUUCAUGAAUCUAGGGUGAAUAUUUGCUCUC